AUGAAGUCCCCUCAAAAGUCUAACAAGAUCAUUGAAGUGGGUGGACUCCAGUGGCUCCUCAAGAAGUGGAGGAACUUCGCAAAUUCGUCAAGAACUGUCACAACUGCCGCUGCCGUGAGCCCAAAUAGCGCGUCAUGCAUCAGCUUCCUCAAAAGAACGAUCUCUUCUCUAUCAUCUGAGGACAAUGACUGCAACAAUUACAACAAGCACAGCAGCGGCAACAGCAACGUUGUCCCGAAAGGCUACCUCGCUGUCUACGUUGGUGAAGAGCUCGAGAGGUUCAUCUUCCCGACACGCUACUUGGGCCACCCGGUGUUCAGGUUCUUGCUGCGUGAGGCUGAAGAGGAGUUCGGGUUUCAGCAGACGGGUGUCCUGAGAAUCCCAUGCGACGUUUCAGUGUUCCAAAGUGUUCUGGAGAUGGUGGAGGGGAAGAAGAAGGCGGUCAAGAAGUGGGGUUUGGUGGUGAAAGAGCGGUGCAGGCUAAGUUUUGCAGGCUAA